AUGCGUGGAAAGCUCAUCGUCUUCGAAGGCCUGGACCGCGCCGGCAAAACCACCCAGUGCGGCCGUCUCAUCGUGCAUCUGCAAGAACAUGGCCACCGCGUUGUUCAUAUGCGCUUCCCGGACCGCACCACACCGAUCGGCCAGAUGAUCAACGCGUACCUGACCGGCGCGAGCGAGCAGGAAGACCACGUCAUCCAUCUGCUCUUUUCAGCGAACCGCUGGGAAGCUGCCGCCAAAAUCAAGAAUCUCGUCGCCGAGGGGACUACCGUUGUUAUUGAUCGUUACUACUACUCUGGUUGUGUGUACUCGGCCGCGAAGGACAACCCAUCUCUUUCACUAGAGUGGGCUAGGCAUCCCGAAGUGGGGCUGCCGCGGCCUGACCUUGUCGUGUUUCUGGACAUUUCGCCUGAGAAGGCCGCCCAACGUGGUGGUUUUGGUAGCGAGAAGUAUGAAAACUCCAAGAUGCAGAAGCGUGUGCGGGAAUUGUUUACCGAUAUCAAGACGCUUCAGCAAGAAGGUCAGGAUUUUGUGACGAUCGAUGCUGGAGCCGCUGAAGAAGAGGUCGCAAAAAGAGUCGAAGAGGCUGUCUUGAGAGCGGUUGAGACGGUUGACGAAACAAACAGUCCUUUGAGACUCGUGGAGUCGAUACGAGGCAACGUGGAUUGA